AAUUCAGGACAGCCCAGUGUAGUAUGUUUGUAAAUAAUGACAUUUGUACUCUGCUUGAAAGGAAGUAUUUUUUAAUGUCUACCUUUCUGCUCAAAGUACCCCAGUACCACUUCAUCAAUAGCUCCCUGACCUGGUAUGAGGCUCAGAACUUCUGCAGAAUGAAGUACUCCGACCUGGCCACCGUGAACAGCAUGAAUGACAAGAACAAGCUGGUCAACACACUGGGCAGUCAUGUGACACACAGCUGGAUCGGGCUUUACAGAGAAGGGACUCGCAGGUGGAUGUGGUCUGAUGGCAGGGGCAGAGCGGACUUCACCAUGUGGCUUGGCGGCAAACCAAGUAACUCAGGCAAUGAAUGGUGUGGAGAGUUGUAUAAGGAAGGCUCGUGGAAGGACGUAGAGUGUAUAAAGGAGAGAAGUUUUGUGUGUUAUGAACGACCCCCGUUUGCUUUGCAGUGGAAAGACCUGAAAUCAACUUUUGCUGUCCUCUUCAUGUUUGUCUAUUUAGGUCAGGAGGAAGGCGAGGAAACAUAUGUGCAUUACUCAGAUAAGUUGAGCUGGAUGAACAGUCAAGAUGUGUGCAGAAUUGAGCACACUGACAUGGCCUAUGUAAGCACAGAGGCGGAUAAUUCAGAAAUUGUCGAUUUAGCCAGUUCAUCGAUGGGCGCCAUAUGGCUGCCAAACACAGUGUGGAUUGGUCUAUUCAAUGAUGCCUGGAUGUGGUCGGAUGGAAGCGAUACCUCCUUCAGGUACUGGACGAGAAGCACGCAGUACGGGGGGAACUGUGCUUCGGUUGCAGCGUCAGAGCAGGGACGCUGGAGUGAAACUCAGUGUAACGAGAAGGCAACGUUUGUCUGCCAGGGCGGCCUCAAAGUAAAGAAGAUGGUAAUAAGGAUGAAGGUGCGCUCUGAUGUGGAUCUCACUGACUCGACGGUCAGUGAGGCACUCCUCAAAAAGUUGGAGACACUCCUGAAACAUCAGCAGAUGACUGACUUCAAUCUCAGCUGGCGAAGUGACAAAAAUGGCAUCAUCUUCCGACGUCAGGAGGAGUUGGAGGCCGGUGAGAAGACAGGAUGCUAAUUGUUAAGCAGUGGUGCCGAUACUGUUUCAAUACUUUUUGGGGAUAAAGUAGGUUGAAUUGUACUUUAGAGGAAUUGAGAGUCAUCACGUUAAUACUAUAUCUAACUUUGUAUUUGUGUGCUGUGUACUUCAAAAGAGGUAAUGAGUUUUAUCCUCUUGAAACUUAUUAGACUUAUUAACAUUUGUGUGGACAAUGUUAGAAAAUUAAAUGUUUCAUGUCACAAAUGAUAAAACUGAUGAGUUAAGAAUUGAAAGCAGUGCUCAGGAAGAAAAAGCAAGCAUUUCAGCAGUGGGUUGGUACACAGGUUUGAGUUACUCAAAAGGAAAUUAGCCAAAUUGUAAAGCAAAAGAUAAAGAGUAAAAGACAGGCAUGGCAUGGGGCGUACACAAGAGAAGAAGAUAUAAUUUGCAGGUGAUCAAAGGGAUGAUCCGGCCUUUACACAUGAAUUAAACAAAUCAAAUGGCAGGUCUGAUACAUUGUAUUGCAGGGAUUCGUGAUUCGUGUGUAGCACAUUAUUUUCCUAAUAAU